GCAGACUUCCUCAAACACACUCACGCAAACACUCGCUCCUCCUGUUCCUCCUCCUCCUUCUCCUCCUCCUUCUCCUCCUCCUUCUCUCUCUCCUUCUGCAGCUCCUCAAGCUGUAGCCUGGAGGGCAGGGUCACUCUGCUGGACUGCGUGCUGCUUUUCUCACAGACAGCUUAGCUCACUCGGAGACUAAGUUGGGUUGUGGACAGCGUGUUGACUCAGGCUGGGAAAGACUGUGUUGUGACUCUGAUGUACUGCGUGGACUGCACUCCCUGCCUCUGGAGCCCCCAUGUGGCUUUAGGCUGCUGCUCUGCUGAUCUCUGUUGUGGCUGCCGUUCGUCCGUGCUGUCUUGUCCCCACGGAAACCUACCCGGCAGGCAGAUGGUCUGAGCAGUCAAGGGAAAAGUUUAUAACAGCAGCUCGUUGGUAAAAUACACGAUCACAGAGAACCAGUCUGAGUUUCCUCUCUCUUUUUCCGGUCUCCUCUGAGGCAGCUGACCAUCUCUAUGGAAGGGGCAACAGCAACAGGAGCACUCUGGCUGAAGAGGUCGAGAUUCUCCCCUUCUUUCUCCGAUCUCUCUUUCUGAGUGACUGGACUAACUGUGGAUUAGGAUCUUUUUUUGUUGUCGAUUGGAAACUUCACACGUCACAACCUGGAUAUUACUUUAGAGGCUGAUUUCUAGAGUAAAGGCGAUCUUCUAGAGAUCUUCUUGCCUGACCACCACCAUGGAAGAGCAGGCAGUGUCCAACAGUAGUCCCCAGCAUGGCCGAGGCCUGGGCAGGCAGAACGUCAUCAGGUGUGGCUGGCUGAGGAAGCAGGGAGGCUUUGUGAAGACUUGGCACACACGCUGGUUCGUACUUCGAGGGGAACAGCUACACUAUUACAAAGACGAGGAGGAGACUAAAGCCCUGGGGACCAUUCUGUUACCUGGAAACAGAGUCACUGAGCAUCCCAGCAAUGGUGACGAGGGGGGGAAAUUCCUGUUUGAGGUCUCUGCAGGAGGAGACAGGGAACGGAUGACAGCGAAUCAUGAGACAUACCUUCUUAUGGCCAGCACCCAGAAUGACAUGGAGGAUUGGGUGAAGACCAUACGCAGGGUCAUAUGGGCCCCAUUUGGUGGAGGUAUCUUUGGUCAGAAGCUGGAGGAGACGGUGCGGUACGAGAGGCGUUAUGGGAGCAGGCAGGCCCCCAUGCUGGUGGAGCAGUGUGUGGGCUUUAUACGCAAGUGGGGCCUACGGGAAGAAGGACUGUUCAGGCUACCAGGGCAGGCCAACUUGGUCAAAGAGCUGCAGGAUGCCUUUGACUGCGGAGAGAAGCCCUCCUUCGACUGUAAUACAGAUGUUCAUACAGUAGCCUCUCUACUAAAGCUGUAUCUCAGAGAGCUACCAGAACCAGUCAUCCCCUUCUCCAAGUUUGAUGACUUCCUCUCCUGCACCAAAAUGCUCUGCAAGGAUGAGGAAUCUGGAAUGAAGGAACUGAAAAGACAAGUGGAAUGUCUACCUCCAGUCAACUACAAUCUGCUUCAGUACAUAUGCAGAUUUUUAGAUGAAGUCCAGUCCUAUUCAGGUGUGAAUAAAAUGAGUGUCCAGAACCUGGCCACGGUCUUUGGUCCAAAUAUACUACGGCCAAAGAUUGAAGACCCUGUAGCAAUCAUGGAAGGUACAGUGCUAGUGCAGCAGCUGAUGUCUGUUCUGAUUGGUCGGCACGACGUGUUGUUCCCUAGAGACGAGGACAGUCCCAAGACACUGGAGCUGGUCAACAACAACAAUGAGGUCCAGAAGAGGCUGACCCAGAUUGUGCCGACGGUACAGACUACAGAACAGAACAACAAUACCCAAAUACCCCAGCAGAGGGUGAAACAGUGUUCUUGGGAGACCCCCGACUCACCUCACCGCCAGCCCCCGGUAACGUUAGACAACAACGGCUCCGGUUCUCCUCGCUCAGCCAGCCCACUUAACGGCCAUGUUACCGGGCGAUUUGACCUGGCCCGCAGCCCGCCGUUAACCGUGAAGAAGAACCCGGCGGUCUCCAAGGGCAGCGGCGUGGUCACCAACGGCUCGUUUAGUUGUUCGCCCUCUGGAGACGCAGCCAACCAGGAGAAGAGCCAGACUCUGCCCGGUAACACAGGAGGCAUCAGCGGCCUCCAGGCCCGGCGCACCCUGAAGGGCUCGGGCACCAAGAUGGGCACCAGCGGGGUCCCUAACGGAGGUGUCCGCAUGGGCGUGUCAAGUACCGACGUGGUCAACGGUACCCUGAACGGGCGUAAUGGUCUGUGGGUUCCCAAUGGCUACCCGGUCACCUUACGAGACAGCAAGUCUCGGGACUGUGGGGAGCAGACGGCAGCCCAGAACCGGCUGUCCACCUAUGACAACGUCCAGCAACAACAACAACAACAACAACAACAACAGUUACAAAAUCAACAACAGCCGUGUCUCAGCUCUAGCUGUGAGGACAAGCAGAGUGUGGACAGUGCUACCUGGUCCACCUCCUCCUGUGAGAUCUCUCUUCCAGACAACUCCACGUCCUGCCGUUCCUCCACCACCACCUGCCCAGAACAGGACUUCUACGGUGGGCUGGGCCACUACCAGGACCCCCUGCUGCUGCUGGAUGGACCUAGGGGGCUGUCCUCCCUCGACGAGCAGCCCCAGCCAGGGGGGGACGUGGAGGGGGAGCGGAGGAACUGUGCUGGAGGUAGUGGAGGGAGGGGUAGUGGAGCCACCAGCAGCAGUGAUAACAGUGAGACGUUCCCUGUCAAUAAAGGACCCAGUAGUCACAGUGCUCUACACAGCCUGGUGGCCAGCCUGAAACAGGAGAUGCAGAAGCAGAAGACAGAGUACGAGGCCAGGAUAACAAGCCUGGAGCACAGUAACCUGGAGUUGGAGACUGAGAUGGGGACUCUUCACGAGGAGCUGAACCAAGAGAAGAAGAAGGUCACCAUGGUGGAGAUCAAGUUUCGUAACGCAGAGCGAGCCAAGGAUGACGCAGAGAAGAGGAACGAGAUGCUGCAGAAAGAGAUGGAACAGUUCUUCUCUACCUUCGGAGAUCUGACCGACGAUCCGCGCAGGCCCGACCGGGCCAAUACCAUCUGGAUCCAGUGAGGGGUUGUGUCAGUGCAGGGUGGACUGUGCCAUUUGAAUCGAAUGAGAGGAGGUGGGACUUGACAAUGACUUGGAGACAUAUUGAAAGGGACAUUACCGUCUGGAUCUAGUGAGGGGGGUGUGUACCACCUGGGGGGUGAGAGAAAGUGGGAGAAUGUACUAAGGAGAAACUUUGACAGACUGCACCACCUGAAUCUAGUGCGAGGGGGUGUCACAGUACACGGUGGAAUGUGCCAUUUUAAUCUAGUGAGAGGGGGUGUGGCAGUGCAGGGUGGACUGUGCCAUUUUAACCUAGUGAGAGGGUGUGUGGCAGUGCAGGGUGGACUGUGCCAUUUUAAUCUAUUGAGAGGGGGUGUGGCAGUGCAGAGUGGACUGUUCCAUUUUAAUCUAGUGAGAGGGGGUGUGGCAGUGCAGGGUGGACUGUUCCAUUUUAAUCUAGUGAGAGGGGGUGUGGCAGUGCAGGGUGGACUGUUCCAUUUUAAUCUAUUGAGAGAGGGUGUGGAGGUGCAAAGUGGAAUGUGACAUUUUAGUCUAGUGAGAGGCGAUGGGAGUAUGUACUAAGGCGGUGUUUCCCAAACUUGGUCCCUUGGACCCAUGUGGCACACAUUUUGGUUUUUGCCCUAGUACUACACAGCUGAUUGAAAUAAUAAACUAGUAAUCAACCUUUGAUGGCAAAAACCAAAACGUGCACGUGUGGUCCCCAGGACUGAGUUUGGGUAGCCCUGUACUGAGGAGUAGAAAAAACCAUUGAGAGGGACAAUACCGUCUGAAAGCAAGAGACAUAUGGAUACAGUGUGUAGUGGGACAGGGUGCAUGUCGCUGGACCUCAACCAUGCUGACUGACUGUGGCAAUAUUACUGAAGACACCAGGCGCCUGGUUAUCUGCCUGACACAGACUAUACCCAGCCUAUACAUGGACUACUGAAAGACUACACUACCCAUAAAUCCAUUCUUCUUCCCCAUUUUCCUUCAAGAUCCAAUCAAGUAUAUAAUCAACCCUGUUCCAUGUUAUCAUGUAUCUGGCUGUGUAGAUAGAGGACCAUGUUAUCAUGUAUCUGCUUGUGUAUAUAGAGAAAAAACUAUGCUGAAGAAAAGUUAUGUAUGUGUAAAAAAAAAAAAUGUUACAAAAAUAUUUGUAUGUUUGUCUGGUAUAUUUAAACAACAUAACUACGUAUCCAUGUGUGACAUUUCCAUUUGAUAUGAAUGCUUUUUGUUGAACAUACAUUUUAUUUUCAACACUGUGGUACUGAAUUACUUUAUGUACGCAGAUUUAGUUUCUUGUGUCUCAAAUCAAGUUAAUAUAACAUGUGGCUUUUUUUGCUACGGAGCCAUUUCAUUCAUCCCAAAGAAGAAGAGACAGAACAUGUAUGUGUUUUUACAGACGCUUUGGUUUGUUUGUCUGUACUGUAGCUUUAAGACAUUGUCCGAUAGGAACGGUCUGGCUUCAAAUGAAUCAUAUUUUAUAGAUUCUAUUCAACCUAAAUACAAGUCUGGUCAGUAAUGGUUUCAACAUUGAAUGUUCAUCUAUAGUUGAUAUUUAUCCUAAACUGAAAAUGUACACGCAUUGGUAAUAAGACGCAUGACUUGUUUUAGGAUGUUUGGUCUAAGACUGAAAAAAGAAGAAAGAGCACUGUAGUUGUGAUGAUUCUGGGUAUUAACGGGCACUGUAGAUCAGGGGUUACUACCUACAGUAGUAUUGGGGAGUAUCACAAUGUCAAGAGGCUUGUAGAAAUAGAGUUUCUCUGCUGGUUUCUCAAGCACUCCUGGCGUGGGUAGACUGUAUAAUAUGGCCACACAUAUAACAGAGACUAUAACUGUUUAUAGUGGUAUAGACCUCAUGGUGGGCCUGGACCCUGUGGAGUAGAGAUCUCAUGGUGGGCCUGGACCCUGUGGAGUAGACCUCAUGGUGGGCCUGAACCCUGUGGAGUAGAGAUCUCAUGGUGGGCCUGAACCCUGUGGAGUAGAGACCUCAUGGUGGGCCUGGACCCUGUGGAGUAGAGACCUCAUGGUGGGCCUGAACCCUGUGGAGUAGAGAACUCAUGGUGAGCCUGGACCCUGUGGAAAAGAGACCUCAUGGUGGACCUGAACCCUGUGGAUUAGAGACCUCAUGGUGGGCCUGGACCCUGUGGAGUAGAGACCUCAUGGUGGGCCUGAACCCUGUGGAGUAGAGACCUCAUGGUGGGCCUGGACCCUGUGGAGUAGAGACCUCAUGGUAGGCCUGGACCCUGUGGAGUAGAGAUCUCAUGGUGGGCCUGGACCCUGUGGAGUAGACACCUCAUGGUGGGCCUGAACCCUGUGGAGUAGAGACCUCAUGGUGGACCUGGACCCUGUGGAGUAGAGACCUCAUGGUGGACCUGGACCCUGUGGGGUAGAGACCUCAUGGUGGGCCUGAACCCUGUGGAGUAGAGACCUCAUGGUGGGCCUGGAUCCUGUGGAGUAGAGACCUCAUGGUGGGCCUAGACCCUGUGGAGUAGAGACCUCAUGGUGGGCCUGGACCCUGUGGAGUAGAGACCUCAUGGUGGGCCUGAACCCUGUGGAGUAGAGACCUGAACCCUUUGGAGUAGAGACCUCAUGGUGGGCCUGAACCCUGUGGAGUAGAGACCUCAUGGUGGGCCUGGACCCUGUGGAGUAGAGACUUCAUGGUAGGCCUGGACCCUGUGGAGUAGAGACCUCAUGGUAGGCCUGGACCCUGUGGAGUAGAGAUCUCAUGGUGGGCCUGGACCCUGUGGAGUAGAGACCCCAUGGUGGGCCUGGACCCUGUGGAGUGGACCUGGACCCUGUGGAGUAGAGACCUCAUGGUGGGCCUGAACCCUGUGGAGUAGAGAUCUCAUGGUGGGCCUGGACCCUGUGGAGAAGAGACCUCAUGGUGGACCUGAACCCUGUGGAGUAGAGACCUCAUGGUGGGCCUGGACCCUGUGGAGUAGAGACCUCAUGGUGGGCCUGAACCCUGUGGAGUAGAGACCUCAUGGUGGGCCUGGACCCUGUGGAGUAGAGACCUCAUGGUAGGCCUGGACCCUGUGGAGUAGAGAUCUCAUGGUGGGCCUGGACCCUGUGGAGUAGACACCUCGUGGUGGGCCUGAACCCUGUGGAGUAGAGACCUCAUGGUGGGCCUGGAUCCUGUGGAGUAGAGACCUCAUGGUGGGCCUGGACCCUGUGGAGUAGAGACCUCAUGGUGGGCCUGGACCCUGUGGAGUAGAGACCUCAUGGUGGGCCUGGACCCUGUGGAGUAGAGACUUCAUGGUAGGCCUGGACCCUGUGGAGUAGAGACCUCAUGGUAGGCCUGGACCCUGUGGAGUAGAGAUCUCAUGGUGGGCCUGGACCCUGUGGAGUAGAGACCCCAUGGUGGGCCUGGACCCUGUGGGUGGACCUGGACCCUGUGGAGUAGAGACCUCAUGGUGGGCCUGGACUCUGUGGGGUAGAGACCUCAUGGUGGGCCUGGACCCUGUGGAGUAGAGACCUCAUGGUGGGCCUGGACCCUGUGGAGUGGACCUGGACCCUGUGGAGUAGAGACCUCAUGGUGGGCCUGGACCCUGUGGAGUAGAGACCUCAUGGUGGGCCUGAACCCUGUGGAGUAGAGAUCUCAUGGUGGGCCUGGACCCUGUGGAGUAGAGACCUCAUGGUGGGCCUGGACCCUGUGGAGUAGAGAUCUCAUGGUGGGCCUGGACCCUGUGGAGUAGACACCUCGUGGUGGGCCUGAACCCUGUGGAGUAGAGACCUCAUGGUGGGCCUGGAUCCUGUGGAGUAGAGACCUCAUGGUGGGCCUGGACCCUGUGGAGUAGAGACCUCAUGGUGGGCCUGGACCCUGUGGAGUAGAGACCUCAUGGUGGGCCUGAACCCUGUGGAGUAGAGAUCUCAUGGUGGGCCUGGACCCUGUGGAGUAGAGACCUCAUGGUGGGUCUGGACCCUGUGGAGUAGAGACCUCAUGGUAGGCCUGGACCCUGUGGAGUAGAGAUCUCAUGGUGGGCCUGAACCCUGUGGAGUAGAGACCUGAACCCUUUGGAGUAGAGACCUCAUGGUGGGCCUGAACCCUGUGGAGUAGAGACCUCAUGGUGGGCCUGGACCCUGUGGAGUAGAGACUUCAUGGUAGGCCUGGACCCUGUGGAGUAGAGACCUCAUGGUAGGCCUGGACCCUGUGGAGUAGAGAUCUCAUGGUGGGCCUGGACCCUGUGGAGUAGAGACCCCAUGGUGGGCCUGGACCCUGUGGAGUGGACCUGGACCCUGUGGAGUAGAGACCUCAUGGUGGGCCUGGACUCUGUGGGGUAGAGACCUCAUGGUGGGCCUGGACCCUGUGGAGUAGAGACCUCAUGGUGGGCCUGGACCCUGUGGAGUGGACCUGGACCCUGUGGAGUAGAGACCUCAUGGUGGGCCUGGACCCUGUGGAGUAGAGACCUCAUGGUGGGCCUGAACCCUGUGGAGUAGAGAUCUCAUGGUGGGCCUGGACCCUGUGGAAUAGAGACCUCAUGGUGGGUCUGGACCCUGUGGAGUAGACCUGGACCCUGUGGAGUAGAGACCUCAUGGUGGGCCUGGACCCUGUGGAGUAGAGACCUCAUGGGGGGCCUGAACCCUGUGGAGUAGAGACCUCAUGGUGGGCCUGGACCCUGUGGAGUAGAGAUGUCAUGGUGGGCCUGGACCCUGUGGAGUAGAGACCUCAUGGUGGGCCUGAACCCUGUGGAAUAGAGACCUCAUGGUGGGCCUGGACCCUGUGGAGUAGAGACCUCAUGGUGGGCCUGGACCCUGUGGAGUAGAGAUGUCAUGGAGGGCCUGAACCCUGUGGAGUAGAGACCUCAUGGUGGGCCUGGACCCUGUGGAGUAGAGACUUCAUGGUGGGCCUGAACCCUGUGGAGUAGAGAUCUCAUGGUGGGCCUGAACCCUGUGGAGUAGAGACCUCAUGGUGGGCCUGGACCCUGUGGAGUAGACCUGGACCCUGUGGAGUAGAGACCUCAUGGUGGGCCUGGACCCUGUGGAGUAGAGACCUCAUGGUGGGCCUGGACCCUGUGGAGUAGACACCUCAUGGUGGGCCUGGACCCUGUGGAGUAGAGACCUCAUGGUGGGCCUGGACCCUGUGGAGUAGACCUGAACCCUGCACCAUAUAGAUGGAUACUGGCCUGAUGUUAGAGUGUGUUGUAUAUAUAUACUAGCAGUACUGAGAACCAAUGGGGGUGUGGCUCGCACAUUGUGGGGACUUUGGGAAAGUUAACUUUUUUUCUGAAGCAUCUUUAAAAAAUAAACUAUUUAGAUUGCUACGCUACACAGCUGUGUAUGGACCUGUGGGGAACGUAGUGGAUACUUGUGUCUCUGUCAUACAGCACUCACAGUUACAAGGACCUGGUGCUGCCUGUCUGCUGUUGUCUGUCAGAGAGGAAGAGGUGAACCAAAGAGGGAUAACUGGGCCCGAAAUCUGUCUUCUCCACCAGGUGGCGCUUUUGUUUUGUUUAUUUCAAUUCAAGGGGCUUUAUUGACAUGGGAAACACAUGUUAACAUUGCCAAAGCAAGAGAAGUAGAUAAUAUGCAAAAUUGAGGUAAACAAUAUAAAUGAACAGUAAAAAUUACACUCACAGAAUUUCCAAAAGAAUAAAGACAUUUCAAAUGUCAUAUGAUGUAUAUAUACAGUGUUGUAACGAUGUACAAAUGGUUAAAGUACAAAAGGGAAAAUAAAUAAACAUAAACAUG